GCAAAACGUACCUACCAGCUGUCACAUUCAGUAUAUAAUCGAACAUUUCAACAUCAGCCCCACAUUGAAAGCAAAGAUAGUGCUUAUCCAGCGACAAUGGCGGGCCUGGAUAUGUCGGCAGCAGCUAAAAAGACUAGAGGAAACCGAGGAGGUUGCCUUAGGGAUGAGAUGGCCACACAUGGAUACAUUCCCAAAUGCUAAAGAGGAGGCUGACUAUAAGAAAAGGGAGGCUAUGUAUCAAGACCGGGAACAGGAACUUAAGAUCAGUAAAGCUAUUGAGCAUGAGAGGUUUAUGGCAGCACAUGGACACAACAUGGCUUGGGAACUCAAGUACAACAUUACACAGUGGCUGUUGGAGCUGAGGGACCUUCAAGGUAGCUUCCCUGACUACCCAGACGAGGACGAAGGCGGAUGUGAAAAGCUUUUCGCCAUGAAGACCACGGAGCAAGUCGAAGACGAAAUCAACGAGUUUCUGUACCCAACAUCAGCUCCACAACAGAAAGCGGAGAAGAGAGAUAAUGCCAAGAAGGCUGUCGCCGUAGUUGCCGCUGGGUGGAAACCUGCACCAACGGCGACAGUCCCGAAGCUUAUAGAUGCUUUGGAAGAGUACAACAGCUACUGGUAUCUGAAGGAUGAAAUGGACAACAUUGACCAGAAGUUUGAUCGGCAGUUGAUGCUGGAGCAGGUUCGAGAUGAAGCUGGCAAGCAGAUCCGUCUGCAAGUGGAUGACCUCAUGCGGUAUGAGCUGGACAAACUUCGAUGUGGUAUUGAGUUCAUAGAAAUGGACGACAGGCGUAGAAACACCAAGAACGCCAAGGCUGACGAGAAGGACAAAGAAAAUGUAACAAAGGACCCUCUAGCUUCAAAAACCGUUGAGGAACUCUACGGUGAGCUCGUUUUGCAAGGGAUUGUGACCCCGGUGAAAAAUGUGAGGCUUGAUGACAUCUUAGGCGAACAUAAUUUUAAGGACAGAGUUCAGGAAGACAGCAUGCCCACAAUCGCUGACAUCAAAAAUAGCUUGACACAUAUGGUCGUGUUUCCGCUGAGUUCGUCAUUCCUGCACACGGUUCUACCGUUAACCAACCGUAUGUUGUUUGCCGGCUCGUCAGGCGUGGGGAAAUCGAUGAUGAUUCAUGCUCUGUGUCGAGAAACUGGCGCCAAUCUGUUCGACCUCAGCCCAGACGUCCUCGCCGGCAAGUACGAAGGUCCAGAACAGCAGGAGUAUCUCAUGAACGCCCUUCUCAAGGUGGGGAAAUCCAUGGAACCCACAAUUUUUAUGAUCGACGAAUGUGAAAGCCUGUUUACCAGGCCUCCUCCAGGACCGCCGUCCGGCCAGGACCGUCCUCAGCGCUGGGUCGGCGUCUUCUCCAAGAUGAUGGACAAGAUGAAGAAAGGCGACAGGAUGUUCCUCGUGGGCGAGACUACGGAACCGUUCGCCUGCAACAACCGGGCCAUGUUCGACAUGUUUAAGAACGUCAUCUACUUCCCACCACCCGAGUACGGAAGUCGAGUGCUUGUAUGGAAAACCCUGUUGGCCAGAAAACCUGCUCACAAGCCUUCUCUUUCUCUGAGUCCUUCAGUCCUGGCCAAGUUCAGCGAGGGCUACUCGGUACAGGCGAUAGAAAAAGCCGUCAACGAAACCUUGACCAGCACACGACUGGCCAGCCGCAGGCUAGUCACCAACAUGGAGUUUCUCAUGGCCCUGACCUUGGACCUGGACUCACAGCCGAUGUUGGCCGAAGAUGUUGCCCGAUGGGCUGCCUGGUACUGGUCCGCUCCGCUCAUGAGGAAGCGAAGGCAGCUGCUGGACGAGGAGGCUCGUGCUAGGCAGCUUCAAGAAGCUAUGUGA